GGUGCGUCCCCAAAGAUGGCGGCGUCCACCGGCGCUACGGUGCCGGCGCGGGGCGGCUUCCGGGGGCGCAUGGGCCGCGGGAAGCGCGGAGGCGGGCGCGGGCCGCGCCGAGGGCCGGGGGGCGGUGGGGAGGGGGCCCUGAGGCGGCUGAAGCUAGCCGUGGAGGAGUUCGUGCAGGGGACCGCGGAGGGCGGGACCCCCGGCGGCCGCGAGGGGCCCCGCGCUGCGGGCCGCGCGCGCCCGGGCGGGAGGAAAAGCCGCCGGGAGCUGAGAAGGGAGAAGCGGCAUCUGAGGAAGGCGCGCCGGCUCCAGAGGGCGGCAGGCCCCGCGCAGGACCCCCGCCCGGGCGGGGAAGCCAGCGACCCCCGGGCGGGGGCAGCGCGGGAGGAGGCCGACCUGCCGUCAGCGGGGCUGCGGCGCCCCCCGGCUCCGCCCAAGGCCGCCCCGGCCCGGACCCAGGCCCACGGCCCGCCCGGCAGGACCAAGGCCCCCUCCGCCGCCGCCCUCACCGCUCGGAAGCGGGCGCUUCUGGCGGCCAACGAGGAGGAGGACCGCGAGAUCCGAAAGCUGGAGCGGCGCCUCGGCUUGAACAAGCGCAGGAAGAAGGGCGACGGCAGCAGCUCCGUACCUCUCAGCUUUGCCCGCGACGGGCUCGACUAUGUCCUGGAGGCCCUGGGCUCUGGGGAAAGUAGUGGCUUGUGUGAGAGCGGCAGCGAGGCGGAGGAGGGCGCGGGCCCCACACCCCCCGGGAGUGAGCUGGACACCGACGCUGAGGACGGAUGGGAGGAGCAGGACCUGGAGCGGAGCAGCGGGCAGGCGGCAGAGGAUGCGUGGAGCGAGGAGGAGGGGGACCAGGACGAUGCCGAAGAGGAGGCGCGCGGAGCCCUGGGCACAGCCAAGGAGGAAGGGGGCAGAAAGAGGGUCCGUUUUGCAGAAGAUGAAGAGAGGAGUGAAACCCCCUCGGAGGCUGUGCGUACAGACGAUCAGCAGAGUCUUGGUGAAAAUGGUGGAAAGUACGUCCCACCUCAUGUGAGGCGAGUGGAGGAGACAGAGGACGCCCAGAAAAAGGAAGAGCUGGAAAGGCUCAAGAAACAGGUCACGGGCCUCAUCAACAGGCUGAGCGAGCCGAACCUGGCCUCCAUCAGCAGCCAGCUGGAGGAGCUGUACAUGGGCCACAGCCGGAAGGACAUGAACACCACGUUGACCGCCGUCGUGCUGAGCGCCUGCGCCCCGGACACGGCCAUGCCCGCCCGGCUGCUCAUGGAGCACGUCCUCCUGGUCAGCGUCCUGCACCGCACCGUCGGCCUCGAGGUGGGUGCCCACUUCCUGGAGGCGGUGGUGAGGAGGUUUGAUGAUGCGUAUAAACGCGGGCGAGACGGGAAGGAGUGCGACAACCUGUUCGCCAUCAUCGCCCAUCUGUACAACUUCCACGUGGUGCAGUCUCUCCUCAUCUUUGACGUUUUGAGGAAACUUGUUGAAAGUUUCACGGAAAAAGAUAUCGAGCUGAUCCUGUUAAUGCUGAAGACCGUGGGCUUUUCACUAAGGAAGGACGAUGCUCUGUCCCUGAAGGAGCUGAUCACGGAGACUCAGGCCAAAGCCAGCGGAGCAGGCGGCAGGUUCCGGGACCAGACCAGGGUCCGCUUCAUGCUGGAGACGCUGUUGGCACUGAAGAACAACGACGUGCGGAAGAUCCCAGGCUACGACCCCGAGCCCGUGGAGAGGCUGCGGAAGCUGCAGAGAGGCCUGGUGCGCGGCGCCAGCGCAGGGACGGACCCUGAGCUCCGAGUGUCCUGGGACAGCGUCCUGAACGCCGAGCGCACCGGGCGCUGGUGGAUCGUGGGGUCCGCCUGGAGCGGCGCCCCGAUGGUGGAUGGCGGUCUGCAGAAGGCCCCGCAGAAGCCUCUCGCGGGGACGGUGAGCUCGAAGAUCCUGGAGCUUGCCCGCAAGCAGAGAAUGAACACCGACGUCAGGAGAAACAUAUUCUGCACAGUAAUGACGAGCGAAGACUUUCUGGAUGCGUUCGAGAAGCUCCUGAAGCUGGGGCUUAAGGAUCAGCAGGAGAGAGAGAUCGUUCACGUGCUGGUGGACUGCUGCCUGCAGGAGAAGACCUACAACCCUUUCUACGCCUUCCUGGCCGGCAAGUUCUGUGCCUACGAGCGGAGGUUCCAGAUGACAUUCCAGUUCAGCAUAUGGGACAAAUUUCGGGACCUAGAAAAUUUGCCAGCCACUAAUUUUGCUAAUUUGGUUCAUCUGGUGGCCCACUUGUUGAAGACGAAGUCACUGCCACUUUCCCUCUUAAAGGUUGUGGAAUUCAGUGAACUGGACAAACCCAGAGUCCACUUCUUACGGAAAGUGUUACAUAUACUGCUGAUGGAAACAGAAGUUGAAGACCUUGGUUUGAUUUUUGCAAGGGUGUCGGACAAGCCGGCGCUGGGCCUGCUGCGUGAGGGCCUGAAGCUCUUCAUCAGCCACUUCCUGCUGAGGGGCGCCCCGGAGGCCGGCGCCCUGCGGGAGCGCGCCACACUGUGCACCCAGGCCCUGCAGGGGCGGGGGUCCCUCAGGAUGUAGGGGAGGGGGCCUGUCUGCAAGGCAUCUCCUGUACAGCUCACUGGAAGGCGGGGCGGCUGGAGCCCUGUAUUGUAAGCUAGUGUAUUUUGCUCCAGGGUUGUAUUGUAUUUGUAUUUUAAACCAUUUUCAGAUAACUAUUUAUAUCUUCAGGAGGGGGCCGGGCAGGGCAGGCCCUAGGCAGUGAGGGAGAGGGUGUGCAGUGUCUUUUUUUUUUUUUUCGGAGACAGGAUGAGCCCGAGGUUACAGUCUGAGAGAGACUGGUGGUGGUUGUAUCUUUGUAUAUCGGUUAAAAAUUCAGAAGUCGUCCAUCAAACGUGCCUGAUGCUGUGUUGAUACAUGAAGUGUCCUGGAGGCUGCUGUCCUGGGAAAGGUGGCAGCUGACCUGGGCCUCACGGUGUGGGGGUGCUCCUGGCUCCUCACCUUAGGUUCCCACUGGGGCAGGCCAGCUCCCCCAAGUGUCCCUAACUCCACACAACUCUGAAGCCCCCGCGUGAGCAGACGGAGCCUGGGCUGGCCGGCCGCGCCUGCUGAGUGGGUUCUCGUGUGGGAACUCAAGACAGACCGCCCGCAGCGGGCAUGCCCGGGUUGCCCCUGAAGCACAGCGCCUGCCCCCACUCACUGCGCCUGGGCAGAGCGCAGACGAGGCGAAAUGUCCGCGUUGCUGAGUCCGGGUGAGGUUUAUGCAGAUGGAAUGUAUUUUUAUAACUUUUCCUCAAGUUUUAAAUUAUUUCAAAAUAAACAAUUCUUCUAAAACAUG